CUUCACAGGCUGCGCAUGGGCCUAUUUGCCAACGACCAAGACGAACCUUCCGGUCCUAGUCGAGCGAGACGAAUCCUGAUCCUGGUGCCACUCGCUGUGCUCAUAGUCGCGCUAGUAUUUGUGCUCUUGAUGCGCAGGAAUCGCGUUCUCCACAAGAUGAGCGCCAUGCCUGAGCACGAAGAGAGUGGCGUGUGCUCGAACGAGGCAUGCCGCCGUGUGGUAGCGUUCGCGAUGGAAAACACGGACCUGGGGUUCGACCCAUGCUUAGACUUCCACCGGCACGCCUGCGGACGGUGGUUCGCCGGUAGUACUGCGCGUAGAAGCUACGUCGACGAGAACCGGCUCAACUUCAGCGCAGCUGUCCAUGGAGCCUUGACACAGCUGCUACGCAGGGCUCAGCCCGGAACCGUUGACAUGUGAGCGGGCUA